AUGCCUGGAACUUCCAACCCGGCUGAUUGCGCAUCACGAGGCCUCACGACCACUCAACUUCAAAACCACGCACUUUGGUGGACGGGACCACCAUGGAUACUCAAUUCAGACUCAUGGCCGUCGCAACCAGCACUCUCUGACGAGAUGAGUGCUACAGAAGCUCGCCCAGGCGUUUCGCUACUGACGGUUACGCCAAGGACUGAAUAUCAAUGGGACCUCAUCUACAGACACAUCUCUCCAGAGACCUUGGAGAAAGCGAGGCUCUUCUGGAUUCAGGCCACUCAAGCAACGUACUUCUCGCACGAGCUCAAGGCAUUACAGGCAGACUCCCCGUUGGCAAAGGCACACGCAUUCAACAGAUUGACUGCGUACAUCGACGCUCAAGGAGUUAUUCGCGUCGGCGGACGACUCGCUCACGCAGCUCUCGCAUUCGAUGCGACACAUCCUGUAAUCUUGCCUCGUCACUCUCAGCUGUCGUCACUUAUCAUCGCUCACGCUCAUCAACGGACGCUACAUGGAGGCACGCAGCUUACGCUGUCGCACAUCCGACAACAAUACUGGAUUCUAGGCGGGAAGGCCCCUGUCAAGUCCCACAUUCUGCGGUGUGUCACGUGUGCUCGGCAGAGGGGGAUCCGUGCUCAUCAAUUGAUGGGCCAACUACCUCUCUCUCGGGUUACGCAGGCACGACCGUUCACUCACACAGGUGUGGACUACGCGGGGCUGCUCACCGUCAAAACGUGGAAAGGAAGAGGUGCCAAAACAACUAAAGGCUGGAUUUGCGUUUUUGUCUGCUUCUCAACCUCAGCAGUACACCUCGAGGCGGUCAGUGACUACUCUACGGAGGGAUUCAUUGCCGCCUAUCGACGCUUCUCAUCCAGACGCGGCAUUGCUCACACCUUACACUCCGACUGCGGCACCAAUUUCAUCGGCGCGGAUGCGGCUCUCAAAAGGCUGUUUAUCCAGAGCACUCAAGAACAUCAGCGAGUUUCUCACCUGCUCUCGCAAGACAACACCCGAUGGGAAUUUAAUCCCUCAGCGACACCUCACAUGGGAGGAAAAUGGGAGGCCGUCGUAAAAUCUAUCAAGUACCACCUACGGCGGACCAUUGGAGAAAGCGUGCUCACCUUUGAGGAGCUCACCACAUUGCUCACUCAAAUUGAGGCAAUCCUCAACUCGCGCCCUCUCGAACCAUUGAGUGACGACGCGGACGACAUCGCAGCACUCACGCCAGGUCACUUCCUCGUAGGAAGUCCGCUCACCGCCAUACCAGAGCUCUCACUCACCGACCUGGCAAUCGCAAGACUCUCUCGAUGGCAGCUCAUCCAGCAGAAGGCACAACACACUGGGCAGCGCAUUACCUACAACGACAACAAGCCAUCUCAAAGUGGCACCACAGGAACAACGAAAUCAAGGUCGGGUCAUUGGUGCUCAUCACCGACGAGCGGCUACCGCCAUGCAAGUGGCCGUUAG